AUGGGCGUGUCAACAAUAGCGAAAAUCAUACAAGAAACAUGCGAAGCGAUAUGGACACAUUUACAACCCAUAGAAAUGGCUGCUCCAACAGAAGAAGAUUGGCUAGGAAUAUCAGAAGGAUUUUACACUAAUUCUCAAUUCCCGAACUGUGUUGGUGCCGUAGGCGGGAAACAUAUUAGAUUACAAUGUCCCCCGAAUAGCGGUACUUUAUAUCAUAAUUACAAACAUUUUUUUUCUUUAAUACUCAUGGCUAUUUGUGAUGCGAAUUACUGCUUCAGAGUUAUAGAUGUUGGGUCAUAUGGAAAAGAAAGCGAUUGCAACAUUUUCAAAAAAUCCAUAUUCGGUAAAAAAUUAUAUAAUAAUAAAGUUAACCUUCCACAACCUCGUUGUUUGCCAGGAGAUGAACAAGGCAUACCUCAACCGUUUAUUGUGGUUGGAGAUGAAGCAUUCGCUUUACAUACUAAUCUUUUACGGCCUUUCCCCGGAAAAAGUCUGAACGAUAAAAGGCGUAUAUUCAAUUACCGCCUAUCGAGAGCAAGACAAAAUAUCGAAUGUUCAUUCGGUAUACUUUCUAAUAAAUGGAGAGUAUUUCAUACCACUUUAUUAGUUGAACCGAAUUUCGCGGUUGCAAUCACAAAAGCGGCUUGUGUUUUGCACAUUUUGUCAGACGAAGAGAUGGGUACAACUCUGAGGAUGCUCAGAUUUGUAACAUGGAAAAUAUAA